CUGGGAGAUGUUGCACGUGGUUAAGCUACGUGCAACAAAGAAGAGGGUGAACAAGGAGAGUCAGGUGAAGCUCGAUAUGGAGGAUCAGGAUAAGGCGCAGAACGGCAAGGGGAUUGUUCCGGCGAAGCCUGAUGGGGAGGGUCAGGAUAGGGUGCAGAACGAUGAGGAGCCAGUUCUAAUGGAGAUUGAUGAGGGUCAGGAUGGGGCGCAGAACGGUGAGGGGACUGUUCCGACGCCUGGUGGGGAGGGUCAGGAUAGGGUGCAGAACGAUGAGGAGCCAGUUCCAAUGGAAAUUGAUGAGGUUCAGGAUGGGGCGCAGAAUGGCGGGGGGACUGUUCUGAUGCCUGGUGGGGAGGGUCAGGAUAGGGUGCAGAACGGCGAGGAGCCAGUUCCAAUAGAGAUUGAUGAGGGUCAGGAUGGGGCGCAGAACGGCGAGGGGACCGUUCCGACGCCUGGUGGGGAGGGUCAGGAUAGGGUGCAGAACGGCGAGGAGCCAGUUCCAAUGGAAAUUGAUGAGGGUCAGGAUGGGGCGCAGAACGGCGAGGGGACCGUUCCGACGCCUGGUGGGGAGGGUCAGGAUAGGGUGCAGAACGGCGAGGAGCCAGUUCCAAUGGAAAUUGAUGAGGGUCAGGAUGGGGCGCAGAACGGCGAGGGGACCGUUCCGACGCCUGGUGGGGAGGGUCAGGAUAGGGUGCAGAACGGCGACGGACAGGAGAAUAUCGAUAAUAGCCCUCGAGACUUGCUAAUUAAUAAUAGAGUUCCAACUUCUAUUCAGAUCAACAUUGUCUACCAUGGUGGCCAGGAAAGGGUUUUCGGUUUUGGCGGCUGA